GCGUAAAAAGGCGUGUAAGAGGAAGAGUACGUGAAGACUGGCGUGAGAAAACCUCAUUGAGAACUGGGGACACACUUCCUUCUUUUAUUGUUGCUUUUUUAAGCAUUUUUUUGAAUGGUUUAUGUCUAAAGUGGAAGUCCUGGCACACAUGGAGCCUCACAAGAGUUGUAUCUUAUGAGGAUCAAGUGUUCUUGAGACUCGAUGAUUAUUGUGAUGAAGGACCGACUUCCGGAGCUGACUGCUCGCAGAACACCACCAGAGGAAGAUGCUGCGGUUUGUGUGGACCGAGACGGUUUCAUGGAGGGCUUUUUCCGUAGGGUGGAGGAAGUCAGAGGACUCAUUGAUAAGAUUUCCCAUCAAGUGGAAGAGGUGAGGAAAAUACACAGCAUGAUCCUGUCUGCACCUCAUCCAGAUGACAGAACAAAGGAUCAACUCAAUGCACUGACCGACAACAUCAAAGGGAACGCCAACGUGGUGCGAACAAAACUAAAAUCCAUUGAGCAAAGCAUGCCUAAAGAUGAUGCAGCUAACAGAGCCAGCGUUGACUUCAGGAUCCAGACAUCGCAGUACACUGUGCUGUCCAGGAAGUUUGUGGAAGUAAUGACCCAGUACAACGAGACACAAGUUUCCUUUCGGGAAAGAAGCAAAGGGCGGAUCCAAAGACAACUGGAGAUAACUGGAAGAGUGACAACUAAUGAAGAACUGGAAGACAUGCUCGAAAGUGGAAUUCCAUCUAUCUUUACAUCUGACAUCCUUUCUGACUCUCAGAUCACACGUCAGGCAGUCGAUGAGAUCGAGUCCCGACAUCAGGAUAUUAUACGGCUGGAGUCAAGCAUAAGAGAGCUUCAUGCGAUGUUCAUGGACAUGGCAAUGUUGGUUGAAACUCAGGGUGAAAUGGUCAACAACAUCGAGAACAAUGUUUCCAAUGCAGCUGAAUACAUCCGUGGCGCCAAAGAAGAAACCAAGAAAGCGGUGCGAUACCAGAAAAAGUCCCGCAGGAAAUAUAUUAUCAUUGCCUUUGCUCUGCUGAUCCUGCUUGCUGUCAUUGCUUUGAUCGUUGGCUUGUCUGUCGGACUAACCAAACCUCCUGCCUGAGACCGACUACCAUAACCGCAUGAGAAGCUGCUCUGCCUCGCUGUGUGUGGAGCUGCAGGUGUCCUCGUUUUACUCAUUGCACUAGUUGGUGCCUUCGGGUGAAGGAUUACAUGGGUCACGGCCUUAAAGUAAUCUCUUGUUCCUGUAGUGAUAAAGCUUACAAUAGCUUCAUCACACUAUUCUCAUACACUCGUCUUAACGGCAUUACAGGGAGACACACAAUGAAGUAUGAUAAGGUCUGCUCUUCUUGGCACCGGACCUCCUGGAACAUGGUUCUGGAGAGAUUCUGUCAAUAGAAAAGGUGUCGUGUAAGCAAAGUACACGCAUCGGAAACAUCGACGUUAGGUAGACCACAUCUGCAGCAGCUAAUAAGGGCUGAUGCAAUCAUUUAGAAUUGCAUAAAAAAAACAAUCAGGGAACACAAUUGGACUGUUGAGUAUCCUUAUAAUAGAAAAUAAAUAUAUAUAUAUACAUUAUAUGGUUUAGUACAGUGUUUUUCAACCUUUUUUGAGCCAAGGCACAUUUUUGGCAUUGAAAAAAUCCAGAGGCACACCACCAGCAGAAAUCAUUAAAAAACGAAAGUCAGUUGACAGUAAAAAGUCGUCGUCACAAUUGUUGGCUAUGACUUUAAAUCAUAACCAAGCAUGCAUCAAUAUAGCUCUUGUCUCAAAGUAGGUGUACUGUCACCACCUGUCACAUCACACCCUGACUUAUUUUGACUUUUUUGCUGUUUUCCUGUGUGUAGUGUUUUAGUUCUUGUCUUGCCCUCCUAUUUUGGUGGCUUGUUCUCUUUUUUUGUCGUCCUUUGAGCGAUAUUUCCCGCAUCUACUUUGUUUUAGCAAUCAAGAGUAGUUCAGUUGUUUUUAUCCUUCUUUGUGGGGACAUCGUUGAUUGUCAUGUCACGUUCGGAUGUACAUUGUGGACGCCGUCUUUGCUCCACAGUAAGUCUUUGCUGUCGUCCAGCAUUCUGUUUUUGUUAACUUUGUAGUCAGUUCAGUUUUAGUUUCGUUCUGCGUAGCCUUCCCUAAGCUUCAAUGCAUUUCCUUAGGGGCACUCACCUUUUGUUUAUUUUUGGUUUAAGAAUUAGAUACCUUUUUACCUGCACUCUGCCUCCCGCUGUUUCCGACAUCUACAAAGCAAUUAGCUACCGGCUGCCACCUACUGAUAUGAAAGAGUAUUACACGGUUACUCUACCAAGCUCUAGACAGCACCGACACUCAACCACAACACAUAAUUUGCAGACUAUAAUUACUAGUUUGCAAAAAAUAUUUUUAACCCAAAUAGGUGAAAUUAGAUAAUCUAAUGUUAGGACUGUUGAGUAUCCUUAUUAUAGAAAAUAAAUGUAUAUACACUAUAUGGUUUAGUACAUACGUAUUAUAUAUUUAGUAAAUAUGUUCUGCAGACUUUUUUAAUAUGUCAGACCACUACGAAGAUAACCCUCUGGGCUAAACGCUUCAUAUGUCUUUUUCUACAUUAAUUGUUUAUGUAAAUUCAAUGUAAGUACUUUAUUUUAGGACAUUGUUUGAUAAUCAUUUCAAAUGAAUCUUUCCUGCGAUACUCCCCACUUGUGAUUGAACAAUUUUCAUACAAAACCAGCACUUGGACUUCUUGUCAAUGUGAUACAUGAAUCAAUAAUAAAACGUGCCUUUACUGCCUUUGAAUUAAAAAAAAUAAACAUUUAAUAAGAUUGUGAAUGUAUGUUAUUAUUGUGGUAUAAUUUAAUUGUGUUAAAAUCCAGUAAUUUUGUUGUUUUUUAGAUGUAAUUCAGGUACAAUUGAUUUUUUUAAUCAAAUAUAUUGCAUUAUAAUUGACUGCAAAUAAAUUAA